AUGACUGUGAACUUGGUCAUUCCUGGCUCCAGAAGGAUCCCACCUUAUUUCUACCUGUUUAUCAUUUUUACGUUGUUAUUGGUCUCUCUAGUAUCGUCAGAUUGGAAACCUGCGAGCCUCAUUUCUGCUGAUGCCGACCGAAAAUUCGCAUUCAUCAUACCCGCCACUUCCUCGAGUCCCGAUCUCUGCAAAACCAUAAUCACCGCGUUAGCCCUCGGUUAUCCAAGUCCAGUUAUCCUCAACUGGGGUGCAGAUCUUCCCUCGAGAUGGUCCGGUAGCCAGAACUUGGCAAAGGCGCCUGGUAUUGUCAACUACCUUGAUACCGUUAUGAAUCCUGAUGCACACCCCUCCGAGAGACUACGCGAACAUGACAUUGUGCUCAUUACCGACGGAUAUGAUGUUUGGUUCCAACUACCGGCACAGAUUCUCCUCGAACGAUACCACAAGAUAAAUAAAGAAGCCAACGAGAGGUUAUACAAGCAAUGGAACAAGAGGGGUCCAAUGCCCAUGCGACAGACUACCCUAUUUGCAAUUGGAAAGCGAUGCUUCCCUCAAUCUCUAGAGUCUGGUUCCGACCUUUGGUGCGACGAGUGGCCCGUGAACCCAACAGAACCAGAUCUUGAUGACACUGAUGCGGAAAAGAACGGGACAGAUAAUUCACGAUGGAUAGACGACGGCGUUAUCAUAGGCCCCGCUGGUGAUAUAAGACGCUUUCUUCGUCAAGCCCUGGCGAAGCAGGAGAGGGGUACCAGUCUGGACUACCACAUGGAUAGUUCUAAAGAUGCCAUCGGUGAAACCAUGGUUGAACAAGAGAUUUUGCGACAAUGGCAAAGGGAAAGCGAAGCGCCAAGGCAGGAAGUGAUGAAUGUCAUAAACAGCAAUUUCGAAUUCCACGCGGGUCUUGAUUAUGGCCAAGAGAUAUCAGCGCAGACCAUGUGGACACAGGAGCUUGACGGAACGGAUCACGGAGACUUUGUUCGACUUGGCGACCAGUCAGAUAUUGAGCAGCACUCUGAGACUCUGGGUAUCGUACCUGCACGUAUAAAAGGUAUCCCAGAGGAUAUCAAGUCUGCCAAGAACCCAUUGAACGACCUGGUAGGCGGAGCCAACUGGACCAAUAUGCCGCUGUAUACCGACUUUUACACAAACUCUGUUCCCGUUAUUCUUCACCACAACGGUAAAGAGAAUAAGCAGUCUACAUGGUGGACCAAACCAUGGUAUUAUCAACACCUGCGAACACUUGUCAAGUCUGGCAUGGGACGAGGCCAUCCUGACGAACCUCUGGCAACUGUAAAAUUAAGGAACGGGCGUAUUAGGUACUGGCCAUUAUCCGCAGAAGAAAGAGACCGAUAUCCAAGACAUUUUAACGGGACUGCGAAUGAGAGGUUGAAGAAGAUGGAAUUUGGGAAUAUUUGUCGACAUGAGAAGAAGGCGCCUCUUGGACCGAAUCAGCAGUGGUGGGAGGAGGUGUUUCGUGAUACUGGGGGUCCAUGGGGACCGUGUCAAGGUGAAUUCCCUUGCGAGUACUGCAUUCGCACCAAAAAGACAUGCCUUCCUCAAGCAAUUCCAGCAAAGAAAGUGAAGUUUGUUCGUUGCACAUCAUUUCAGCUAUGCUCUCAAGUGGCAGAGCCUCCUUUGCAUAUAACCCCAAGGCCUGAUGUAACGUACUUGGACUACUUUGAUUCGUUCAUGCAGCGCUGUCAGUUUACCAAAGAACCUACCAAUCUGGUGUCUGAUCUCCUUCCCUUGAUCCAGUCAUCCGCACCCCUUCGACAAAUUACAACUGCCAUUGGUGCACUAGAAGCCAGCAGACGGGCAAUCGUAAACUUCGAGAAAGGAAGGCCAGCGCCACGUAACGUCGCCUUUGUUUCAUAUGGUAGGUCAAUCCAGACGCUCCAGGAUCGACUCCGGUCGCCAGACGUGUUAGAUGAUCAAGGCGUGCUGUGGUGUACACUGCUUCUUGGGAUCUUCGAGUUAAUGACACAAGUAUCCGGGGAUCCAUGGGCUAAUCAUAUGUUAUACGGGACCUCUAAAAUUCUUCAGUCGUCUGGCAUAACGAAACCCAAUGAUAAACUUGGAGAGCAGUUCUUUGCGGCUUUUAAUUGGUUAGAGGCCAACAGAGCCAUACUGUAUGGCGAAGACACUAUCCUUUCGCAAAGGGAAUGGCAACGUUGUUACAAGACUCUUCCUUCAGCGUCGAACAGUCAAGCCGAUACAAUAUUCGAAAUCUUUGUCGAGAUCUCUUCCUUCAGCAAAAGUUCUUCGAUCAAAUUGAGAAAAUCCCUGAGCACCUGCGGUCUUGUCAUCCCCAUAUACACAGCCUUGCGGACGAGGGCCGCAUGUAUCAACAUCGACUCCACGAAUGGCAUGACCGGACGUCAGCACUUGAAGAUUGCCUGA